AAUCCAGAAAAUUGUCCAAUUUACUCUGAUUACUUGGUGUGAACUCUCAGACCCUGCUUGCAGCUCUGGAACCAGUACUUUCUUUAUGUGGGUUACAUGCUUGCAUGUGUGCGUGCAUAUGUGGUUACUCUUGGCUACAUUGUUCUCAAUCAAUAGGGAAGUUCUAUUUUGAUGGAUUUAGCAUGUGUAACCUCCAGAUGAGGUAUUCACUCUCUUAUAUUCAUUGUCUUAGAAAGAUGCAGAUUAGCAAUUGCGAGGAUGGUUGCCUUUCAACUUGUAGGAAAGAAAAUGAAAAGAAUCAUAAUUUACACUACUUGGCUCCUUCCUAUGGUGGAUGGAGAGUCCCUUGACAGAGCUUUGACCACCUCUGACCAGAGGAGUGCAUAUACCUCUGUCCUCUUCUAUGCUUCCUGGUGUCCUUUCUCACGCAGUGCUCGAUCUACCUUUGACGUGCUCAGUUCCAUGUUUCCUCAAAUCACACACUUGGUGGUUGAAGAAUCUUCAGUCAUGCCAGUUGUAUUUUCAAGAUAUGGAGUUCACAGUUUGCCUGCCAUAUUGAUAGCGAAUCGGACCUUGAGGAUGCGCCAUUAUGGUUCAAAAGAUCUCAGCUCCCUCAUACUCUUCUACAAAAGGGUUACAGGUCUUGAACCGAUGGAAUAUUUCAAGGACGAUCAAUCUGGCAGCUUGGGAAGUCAGAAAUCCCUUCAUCUAUGGGAUGGCUCUCCAAGGGAGAUCUUAAGAAGGGAGCCCUACCUAGUAUUUUCUCUACUGUUUGUCUGCUUAAAGGCACUCCUCUACUUCUUCCCAGGGAUGUUAUCACGUAUUAUAGCCGUUUGGGUUUCUUAUGGUUGGCAUCCAAACCUUGGCAUCUUUGGAGAAACUAGUCAGCUGUUGGAGCGUGUUCUCCAUGUCGUCAACAUGAAGAGGGCAUGGAGCAAGCUAAGGCUGUGCAAGACAGGAAACUUUCAGAAUGGGGCCAAGAAUGCUCGAGUCUGGGCAUCGUCAUUGGCUUCUGUGUCCUUGGGUGAGUCAUCAUCGACAAGAACUGCACCGUUGGACUCCUGAUUUCUUAGAGCCCGUCACCUCAAAGAACUCCAGUACUGAAAGAACAGAAAGAGCUGCAUGGGUGGAUAGAGAGCUGUGAUUUUCAAGUAGGUAGCUUUUCUUUUUUUUGGGUUUUUUUUUGUUAUAUUUAUCUUUUGGUGAACCGAAGCUGCUUUCUUUUGAGAUUGGGCAUAUGGGGAGAAUGUAAAUUUCAGAACCUCUUCUGUAAAUUAAAUCAAUGGGCUUUGGGAAGACUUUCUCUUUUGUACUCAUGGGGUACUUCAUUUGGGAAGGGACUCACGUGUUUGGAUGGUUUUCUUAUAUGUUUUAUUCAUACAAGAAGGUUCUUACAAA